CAUUUUUUAUCCCACUUGUCCUUCAUUCCAACAACUACCCACUAAUAUAAGCUCUUACCUUUUCCCUCUUUUCUCUUCUCUUCAUACUACACCAAUUCUUCUAUUCUAUUCUAUUUCUUUUUUCUUUUCUCUCUCUCUCCUCAACAUAUAUAUAUUCAUCUUCAACAACAACAACAACAACAAUAACACCUAGCACAAGAAUCAAAGGUUUUUCCUUUCUCAAAAACCCACAACUUCUCCUUCAUUCUGGUGAAAUUUUUCUUACAAAAAGUGCGCAAAUUCUAGCAAGAAUUAAGAGCACUUGAAGAGAGAGAAAAUCAAAUCAAAAAAACAUGAGAAAGCCAAUGGAGAUCGACAACAACGACCCAGGAUCAGAUGCAGGAGGAAGUAGCACACAUUCACAAAACAGAGUAACUUUCAGUGGUCCAUUAACACCAAAAAAACGCAACAAUAGUCGUAGAUCAAACAAAGAUGAUGAAAAUGAGUAUGUUGAAAUUACUCUAGAUGUACGAGAUGAUAGUGUUUCAGUACAAGAUAUUAAAGGUGCAGUAGGUGAUCAAGAGGCUGCGUUACUUACGAGUCAUCUUGAGAAACAACGCCCACAAACUUUAACCUCGCAGUUUUCGGCUAAGAUUAAGCAAGUUUCGCGCGAGCUUAAGCGUGUUACUUCGUCGAACCGUGGCUUUAAGCAGCUUGAUAGGAGUAAAACUACUGCUGGUCGUGCACUUAAAGGGUUGCAGUUUUUGACUAAGAGUGUUGGAAAUGAAGGGUGGGCUCAAGUUGAGAAACGGUUUGAAGAUCUUGCUGUUGAUGGGUUGCUGCUCAGAUCCCGAUUUGGGAAGUGUAUUGGGAUGAAUGAAAAAGAAUUUGCUGGUGAAUUAUUUGAUGCAUUGGCGCGUAGGAGAGGCAAUGUUACAGGGACAGUCACUAAGGCCCAAUUGCGUGAUUUUUGGGAACAGCUAUGUGAUCAGAGUUUUGAUGCUCGCAUUCAAACUUUCUUUGACAUGGUGGACAAGGAUGCAGAUGGCAGAAUUACAGAAGAGGAAGUCAGAGAGAUUAUAUCACUAAGUGCAUCAGCCAACAAACUGUCCACAAUUCUAGAUCACGCUGAGGAAUAUGCUGCCCUCAUCAUGGAAGAGCUUGAUCCUGAUGGGCUUGGUUUCAUUGAGCUUCAUAACUUGGAAAUGCUAUUGCUUCAAGCGCCAACACACUCAAACAACACAGUGACAGAUAGCCGUAAGCUUAGCCAAUUGCUUAGCCAAAAGCUAGUACCAACCAAGGAGCCAAACCCCAUCAAGCGAGGUGCCAGUAAGGUUGCCUACUUUGUCGAGGACAACUGGAAGAGAAUAUGGAUUGUCCUCCUAUGGCUCGGCAUCUGUGCUGGCCUCUUCACUUGGAAGUUCUUACAGUACAAAAAUCGUUACGUGUUUCAUGUCAUGGGAUAUUGUGUCACUUUUGCUAAAGGGGCAGCUGAGACCCUUAAAUUCAACAUGGCUCUCAUCCUUCUACCUGUGUGUAGGAACACCAUUACCUGGCUUAGGAGCCGGAGUAAGCUAGGGGUGGCAGUUCCGUUUGAUGACAACAUCAAUUUCCACAAGGUAGUAGCCCUAGGUGUUGGGGUUGGAGUAGCAAUCCACGUAAUAUGCCAUCUUACAUGUGACUUCCCGAGGCUGCUACACGCAUCAGAUGAGGCCUAUGAGCCACUUGGCCGGUACUUUGGGGAAACAAGGCCUCCAAAUUACUGGUGGUUUGUCAAGGGAACGGAAGGAUGGACUGGGAUUGUCAUGUUAGUCUUAAUGGUGAUCGCAUUCACAUUGGCCCAACCUUGGUUCAGGAGAAACAGACUCAAGCUUCCCAAGGCUCUCAAAAAGCUUACUGGGUUCAAUGCCUUUUGGUACUCUCACCAUUUGUUCGUUAUAGUCUAUGCUCUCUUGUUAGUCCAUGGGUGGUACCUCUACCUCAGCAGGGAAUGGCAGAAGAAAACGACAUGGAUGUAUCUAGCUGUGCCAGUUCUAUUGUAUGCCUUUGAGAGGGUGAUAAGGGCAUUCAGGUCUGGUUAUAAGACAGUGCAGAUAUCAAAGGUUGCGGUCUACCCAGGGAAUGUAUUAUCAUUACAAAUGACAAAGCCUCAGAAUUUCAGAUACACUAGUGGACAGUACAUAUUUGUAAACUGUGCUGAAGUUUCUCCCUUCGAAUGGCAUCCAUUCUCUCUUACUUCAGCUCCAGGGGACGAUUAUGUAAGCGUUCACAUUCGAACUUUGGGUGACUGGACCUCUCAGCUUAGAACACUCUUCUCCAAGUUAUGUCAGCCCCCUACAAGCAGUGAUCAGAGUGGCCUUCUUAGGGCUGAUAUGGGAAAUGGACCUAUUCCAAGGAUGCCUAAGCUCAAGAUUGACGGGCCAUACGGAGCACCAGCCCAAGACUAUAAGAAAUAUGACGUCCUUUUACUAGUAGGUCUUGGCAUUGGAGCAACACCAUUGAUUAGUAUACUCAAGGACGUGCUCUACCACAUCAAGCAACAAAAAGAUGUUGAGAAGGGAAUAGCAGAUGACUUCAACGUGCAUAAGAAGAAGCCGUUCCUUGUGAAACGAGCAUAUUUCUAUUGGGUGACACGAGAGCAAGGUUCUUUCGACUGGUUUAGGAGUGUGAUGAAUGAGGUGGCUGAGAAUGACCGAGACAAUGUGAUCGAACUCCAUAACUAUUGCACAAGUGUCUAUGAAGAAGGCGAUGCAAGGUCAGCCUUGAUCGCUAUGCUCCAGUCCUUACACCAUGCUAAGAAUGGUAUGGAUAUUGUGUCUGGAUCUAAGGUGAAGACUCAUUUUGCUAGGCCUAAUUGGAGGGCUGUGUUCAAGCAUGUUGCUAUCAACCACACUGAUAAGAGAGUUGGGGUAUUCUAUUGUGGUGCACCUGGCUUGACUCAACAACUGAGACAUUUGUCACACGAUUUUUCAAGGAAGACAUCUACCAAGUUUGAUUUUCACAAGGAGAAUUUUUAAGAGUUGUUUCAUUGGCACCAAUUAAUAGUCUUUUAACAAAUCCUAGUAAAUAUAAUAUAAAGUACCCUAUUUAUUCUUUGAUUAUUAGGAUAGGAUUUGUUCCUUAAUUUUCUUCCCUUUGGUUUACAUUAGAGUUGAGGACGGCUUGCGAGUUGCGAUCAUGCACAUCUUGGUCCAAAUGUAAUAUAUAUAUCUAUAAUAAACAGUGAUAUUAAGAAUUUAUUUAUUUAUUGUUGUGGGUACAUGUAUAAUCAAAGAGUGUAGCGUAUAUAAUAGAGAAACUUUUAUUUAA